CACUAACUUCCAAUUCCUUUUUUCCUUAUGUUGAUAUAAUAAUAAUACUGACAAUCAGCGAUGAAGACGAGAUUCUUCUCGUGUCUGAAGACACUGAUCAACACUGGCGGCCAAUCCGCCGCUUCUAAUUCCACCAAGCUUUUGCUUAUCUGCGCAAUCAGUGGGACAGGAGGCGUAGCGGCAUACGCAGAUUCAAAUUCAUCUGCUGCACCCAAGAAGAAGCAGCGAGUGCUGGUGCUGGGGACAGGAUGGGCCGCCACCAGUUUCUUGAAAGAUUUGGACAUCUCAACCUACGACGUCCAGGUUGUUUCUCCCCGGAAUUACUUCGCCUUCACCCCCUUGUUGCCCAGUGUCACCUGCGGCACCGUCGAGGCCCGCAGCGUAGUCGAGCCUGUCCGAAACAUCGUCAAAAAGAGAAACGGCGAGAUCAAGUUUUGGGAGGCCGAAUGCCUGAAGAUCGACCAUGUCAACAGAAAGGUCUUCUGCCGUUCCAACAUCGACGAGGAUUUGCCCGGAGACAACUCCUUCUCCUUAAAUUUCGAUUACUUGGUCAUAGCCGUUGGAGCCGAAGUUAACACUUUCAACACUCAAGGCGUCAAGGAGCAUUGCCAUUUCUUGAAGGAAGUGGAGGAUGCUCAAAGCAUCCGAAGGGCUGUAAUAGAUCGCUUCGAAAAAGCUGUCCUACCCGAACUCACAGAAGAAGAGCGAAAGAUGAUCCUCCACUUUGUGAUAGUCGGAGGUGGUCCGACCGGCAUUGAAUUCGCGGCCGAGCUCCACGACUUCGUCCAUGAAGACUUGGUCAAAAUAUAUCCGUCGGUUAAAGACUUGGUUAGCAUCACCGUCAUACAAUCCGGCGAUCAUAUCCUAAACACGUUCGACGAGAGGAUUAGUACAUUCGCCGAGAAAAAAUUCAAGAGGGAUGGUAUUGAAGUCCUAACAGGGCAUCGUGUGAUGGGUGUUACAGACAGGAAACUUCAUAUGAAAGCAAAGGCCACGGGGGAGGAAAUCUCGAUACCACAUGGGAUGAUCGUAUGGUCCACCGGAGUCGGGACCCGACCAGUGAUAAAGGAAUUCAUGGAACAAAUUGGCCAGGGAAAUAGACGUGUUCUAGCCAUAGAUGAAUGGUGUCGAGUACGAGGACUCGAAAAUAUCUACGCGAUCGGGGAUUGCUCCACCUUGUGCCAGAAAAAGAUUAUGGAGGAUAUAACAGAUAUAUUCAGAGAAGCCGACACAGACAACUCGGGUACAUUAAGCAUGGAGGAAUUCGAGGAUGUGAUCGAGGAUGUGAUCAUUCAGUACCCUCAAAUAGAGCUGUAUUUGAAGAGCAAGAUGUUGAAUGUCUCCGAUUUGCUAAAGAGCAUGUACAAUGGUAAAGAAGAGGUCGACAUCGACAAGUUCAAGUUGGCAUUGUCCGUAGUAGAUGAACAAACAAAGAGUCUUCCCGCAACCGCUCAAGUUGCGGCUCAGCAGGGCGCGUAUCUUUCGAAUUGCUUCAAUAGAAUGGAACAGUGUAAGAAGAACCCCGAAGGGCCUCGUAAGUUCCAAUCCGGUGGUGGCCGUCAUGAGUUUCGCCCUUUCAGAUAUCGACAUCUUGGGCAAUUUGCGCCUCUUGGUGGGGAGCAAGCCGCGGCUGAGCUGCCGGGAGAUUGGGUGUCGAUGGGCCGUAGCACACAGUGGCUUUGGUAUUCUAUAUAUGCUAGUAAGCAAGUUUCUUGGCGCACUAGGCUACUUGUAAUAAGCGACUGGUGCAAGAGAUACAUUUUCGGUAGAGAUUCAAGUCGCAUCUAAGAGAGGGUAGUAAGAAAGAAAGACCAGGAUUGAGAUCUAUACAUGUAUGUAUACAUGAUCUUGUUACACAGCCAGGGGGUGUUUCUAGUUCCUUCUUUGGAGUAUAGACUCAUUCCUGAAUAACUACUACCAUUUACUCAUUCAUUCAUUCAUUCAUUAUAGCCAAUCCUAAGGUUGUCUUACAAUGCUGAUGAUGAUGAAGAAACAAACUUAUCUUUAUCUU